AUGACAUCUCCAAGAUGGCGCCGGCUCUUCAGUGAAGUCUGCCAGAGCAACCGCCGCCGAUUUCUCGGCGGCUAUCGCUCCCAUGGCAGUUCCACCACCGGCACCCGAGUCUGCAUACCCUCUUCCGCCGAGGGGUGCUACUUGCCGGUUCUUAACGGGGCUUUGCAGAUGUCCGGGAGAUGGGUUCACACAGGGGAGAAGCCAUAUAAAUGCUUGCAGUGUGGAAACAGCUUCUCUCAAAAUUGCAACCUAAUUACACAUCAAAGGGUUCACACAGGGGAGAAGCCAUAUAAAUGCUUGCAGUGUGGAAACAGCUUCUCUCAGAAUUGCAACCUAAUUGCACAUCAAAGGGUUCACACAGGGGAGAAGCCAUAUAAAUGCUUGGAGUGUGGAAAGAGCUUCUCUUGGAAGAGCCAUCUAACUUCACAUCAAAAGGUUCACACAGGGGAGAAGCCAUAUAAAUGCUUAGAUUGUGGAAUUAGCUUCUCUAGGAAUGACACACUAACUGUACAUCAAAGGGUUCAUACAGGGGAGAAGCCAUAUAAAUGUUUGGUUUGUGGCAAGAUAUUAUCUAGUAAAAGCAACCUAACUGUACAUCAAAGAAUUCACACAGGGGAGAAGCCAUAUAAAUGCUGGGAGUGUGGAACUAGUUUCUCUGAUAAUAGCAGCCUAAGUAAACAUCAAAAGGUUCACACAGGGGAGAAGCCAUAUAAAUGCCUGGAGUGUGGAAAGAGCUUCUCCAGGAAUAGCUCCCUAAAUUCACAUCAAAAGGUUCACACAGGGGAGAAGCCAUAUACAUGCCUGGAGUGUGGAAAGAGCUUCUCCAGGAAUAGCUACCUAACUUCACAUCAAAAGGUUCACACAGGGGAGAAGCCAUAUAAAUGCAGGGAGUGCGGAAAGAGUUUCUCUGUGAAUGGCAGCCUAAGCAAACAUCAAAGGGUUCACACAGGGGAGAAGCCAUAUAAAUGCAUGGAGUGUGGGAAUAGCUUCUCUAGGAAGGACCACCUAACUUCACAUCAAAAGGUUCACACAGGGGAGAAGACAUAUAAAUGUUUGGAGUGUGGAAAGAGCUUUUCCAGGAAUUACCACCUAACUACACAUCAAAAGGUUCACACAGGGGAGAAGCCAUAUAAAUGCAUGGAGUGUGGGAGGAGCUUCUCUAGGAAAGACUACCUAAAUAGACAUCAAAAGGUUCACAAAGGGACUCAAACAAAGAUAUGUAGCACCAUCUGGUGA